UCCUCUCUUUUCCCCGACGCAAACACACGCUGGCUGCGCUGCUGCUCCUCCUCCCACCGGCAAAGGCCAUACAGCCCAACGACACCUAAAAAUUACGGCGGCUUCUGGAAGGCGAGGCGACGAGGGCCCCCGUUUUUUUUUUUAAAGGCGCCGCGCUCCGGCGCUCCACAUCCCUCCACCGAUUCUUCUGGUGACGCGGACCCCCGUUUUUUUAAUAAUCCCACCACGCACCGGAGCGAGAAGAAGAAGAACCCAAUCAUUUCCCUCCCUCCCUCCCACCGUCGUCUCGUCGCGAACCCGCGAGAAUCCCAACCUCCUCCUCCGCUUUCCCUCCUUUCUCCUUCCCACCCGCGCUACCGAGCAGAGCACUGCUUGGCUCGGCUGGCUCUUGCGGUUCGAGGUCAGUCGCCUGGCGCCGCGCGCGGCGGGCGAGGGGGUCGGUUGAUGGUGCCAUGUGGCCCCUGGGGUUCUUCUCCGAGAGGCUGUUCAAGGUCGCGGGGGAAGGGGACGGCGGCGAGGGGGCGGACGACUCGCCGCCGGCCCCUGACGGCCGUGUCCCUCUAGCCCGCCGCUCGUACUACGUCGAUGUUCCGCAUGUCCAGCAGGCCUUCACGUGGGACUGCGGCCUCGCUUGCGUGCUCAUGGUGCUCAGGACACUCGGGAUGGAUUGCUGCGACGGCAUUGCCGAUCUCGAGAAGCUCUGCCGCACCACGAGGUUUUCAGUUUGUUUUUCCUUCUUCACUGUGACUCUAGGAGCAAAUCCGCAAUAUUCUGCUGAAACCUUUUAUAGGGAGCAAUUGCAAGAAGACAUUGAUCGAGUGGAUGAGCUCUUUGGCAGAGCCCUUGAAGCUGGAAUUAGUAUUCAAUGCAGAUCCAUCAGUGCGUAUGAUAUAGCUUUUCUACUGUUAUCUGGGCACUGCAUUGCUAUCGCACUAGUGGACAAAACAAAAUUGAAUUCCUCAUGGAGCAAUGAUCUACAAGAUAUGCAACAGUUCAGUGAGGAUUCAGAUUACAUGGGGCAUUAUGUUGUAAUAUGUGGGUAUGAUGCUGAUGCUUGCGAAUUUGAGAUAAGGGACCCUGCCAGUUCGAGACAGCGUGAAAGGGUGUCAAUGAAGAGCUUAGAUCAGGCCCGCAAGUCCUUUGGAACUGAUGAGGAUAUUAUUUUGGUUUCUUUAACUGGAAAAAUUGGAAUGAAGCUCUCACGUAAACUCCUGGUGGGCUCCUUGUGAAAACCUCAACUCCCUGGUUCCAUGUGUAUAUACGUUGUACAUGCCACUGUAGUUAUGAUUGUCAUCUGUUAAGUCAUGUAUGUAGUUCAAGAUCAUUCUUACAGCUAUAGGAACUGUGAGCUAGUGAAGUACCCAGUUAGGUUUGUUAGCUCAUGGCUCAUCACACUGAAGCUGCAAAGGACGCAGCAGGCAGCAGCAACAAUGCUGCGCAGGAACUACUCUUGUAAGCAAGAGCAGCUUCUGUAGCGAGCAAAAGUCAUACCGUUAUAGCCGGACAGAGAUGUAUCAUAUGUACAUAUAUCCUUGCAUCUGUGGCCAUGUGUAUCCUACUCCCUGAAUCCUCUUCUGUAAAUUCCAAACCAUCUCGCGUGCUCGCCUGCCUUUCUCUGAAUGAUUCUUAAUGCAAUGUAAGAAGGGAUGUUGCCCGCGUAUGGGUGUGUUUA